GUGCUAAUUGAGAGACUAAGGAGGAAUUAGGACCGAUGGCGAGUAUUCCCAUCACUAUUGUCUCCAUUGGCCAUGUCUUGUAUGCUUUUCUUGUUUCUCUUUCGAUAUUUCUGAUCUCCUCCUCAAAUAAGGUCUUUGCUGUUGGCGAUGGACAGACUUUUCAUACAAUUCAAGUUACCUCUCUCCUGCCAUCUUCUGUUUGCAACCCUUCUACCAAAGAUCACAACAAAAUCGGAUCGCUGAAAGUUGUUCAUAGGCAUGGACCAUGCGCUCAACUCAACCAAGACCAAGCUAGUGCUCUAACUAUGACCGAGAUCCUCUCUCAUGACCAAUCCCGAGUCAAAUCAAUUCAACACCGACUCGGCUUCAGCAAGGCCCAAAACAGUUUCCCGGGGUCGCGAGCCACCCUCCCGGCCAAGUCUGGCAAUUCAAUUGGCUCGGGUAACUACAUCGUAACGGUCGGACUUGGGACUCCCAAAAGGGACUUAUCUCUCAUAUUCGACACCGGUAGCGGCCUCACCUGGACUCAAUGCGAGCCAUGCGUAAAGUGCUACCAACAACAAGAGCCCAUCUUCAACCCUUCCUCGUCCCAAUCCUACAGAAACAUAACUUGCGACUCACCACAGUGCUCCCAACUCACCUCCGCCACCGGAGUCCCGCCGCGUUGCGCCACCACCACCUGCGUCUACGGCAUCCAGUACGGUGACUCCUCCUUCUCCGUCGGCCUCCUCGGCUCCGAAAAACUGACGUUGACUCCCUCCGACGUCUUCCCUCGUUUCAUCUUCGGCUGCGGCAAGAACAACCAAGGCCUCUUCCGCGGCGUGGCCGGACUACUCGGCCUCGACCGUGACCCUUUCUCCACCGUCUCGCAAACCGCUUUCAAAUACGGAAAGUACUUCUCCUAUUGUCUCCCAUCAACUUCGAGCUCAACUGGAACCCUAACGUUUGGAAAAGGAGGAACAAAGUCCACUAACUUAAAGUUUACUCCUUUACUGGUUAAUCCACAAGCGACAAUGUUUUACUUCGUCGGCAUCAUCGGGAUUAAAGUAGGCGGACAAAAGUUACCCAUCUCCGAAUCGGUGUUCAAGACUCCCGGGACGAUAGUCGACUCUGGCACCGUCAUCACCCGGCUUCAGCCGGGUGCAUACGCCGCUCUUCGGACAAGUUUCCGGGAAGCGACCGAGGAUUACAACAGAAUCAAAGGGGUGUCGAUUCUCGACACGUGCUACGAUUUCACCGGCUAUGAUACGGUUAGGGUUCCGACGAUAAGCUUCUUGUUCGCCGGAAACAUCGAGGUUCCCAUCGACGUAUCGGGGAUACUCCUCUAUGUCGGUUCAUCGAGGUUUUGUCUUCCGUUCGCGGGUAACAGUGAUGCCUCCGAUGUGGGUAUUUUUGGAAAUGUACAGCAGCAGACUUUGGAUGUGGUUCAUGAUGUUGCUGGUGGGAAGAUAGGGUUUGGGACUGGAGGGUGUUCUUAAUUAGUAUGUUAAAAGCUAAUUUGAGAAAAGAAAUGCUAGGCACAAUUGUAACUUCACAUCUACUCUUAUGUUCUCUCAUCGGUUAUAACGAGGACGAGGAUAUUUCACAUCUGGUGAUAUGAAUCUCAUAUCCUCGUCGUCACCAGUGAGAGCAAAUAAUAUAAGAAUGAUAGUGUAUGGCAUUACUCUAUUAAAUAAAAAGCUUGUGUACGUACGUAAGAAUAAGAAUCAAAUAAGGGUCAAGAGGGUGCUUGAAUACCCUUUUGAGAAGCAGUAUGUUAGAAUGUGUAAGAACAUAGACUGAAAGAAGGGGAUACAAUGGGUUUUCCCUUUUGGUCCUUAAUGUUUUGGUUGAUGUUUUGCUUUCCUGGUA